AUGAGUCAUCUCUUCCAGCCUUUUUCCCUGGGGACCAAUGAAACCAUCGAAGAUGCGUUCAUUGCGCCCCCAGACAACAUUCAGGAAAGCAGAGAUGCUAUGGAGGAAGUCGAAAGACGUCUCCUUUAUGACGAUUUCCAAAAAUGCGGAAUUUUGCCAGAGUCCAUUUUGACUCUUUCGGAUCUUCUCACCCGCCUCCGGACUUCGAACCGGCAGUACGACGAGGAAAUGCUGCGUCGGAUUUACGCAGCUCUUUCUUCUUUCAAAGGCUAUCGAGAGCCCCACAUCACCGGCCGCGUCUUUCUAGAGGCCUACAUGAAGCGGGUACGAGCAGCAGCAGCAGCAGCAGCAGCAGCAGCAGCAGCAGCAGCAGCAGCAGCAGCGGCAGCGGUUUUGUGA